UGUCCGCUGGAGGUUGGUGACGUUCGCGCGGUCUACUGCGCCGUGUACAGCGUGCCUGGCGUGUGGAGCCGGACAUUGUACGAGGAGACGCCGCACCCGUUCCAAGGCGAGUGCUACGGCGCCAAGAUGGCGGUGCUGCGUCGGGACUACGUCGAGGGCGUCGGGUACGUCGCGCUCUUCGCGCUCCUCGUGACGCUGGAGCUCGUCUGGCUCAACCGAAGGGUCGUGCUGGACCUCGUCAAGCCGCCUCUCCACGACGAAUCGCAGAGCCGCCCGUCGUGGUCCGAGAUCUCGUGA